GCUCAGCCAGCCAUUGUUUGCGCGGCAGCGUGUGAGGACGAGCGGACCGAGCCGUCCACUUCAGGCCUCUUAUCCUCUGAAGUACUUGAUCACAGGUACAAGAGGUUUUCAGGCAAGGGUCCUCACCAGCACAAGGCUGGAUUGAUAUAAACCAACAACUACCACCGUGGACAACUUUAUUCUAGUUGGAUUAGUCGACUGGAAACCGUCUGCUAACCGUUUUGUGAAAAUUUGUCCACGGAACUACAGUCUUAAAUUCACUGAUAGACUUGAAGGUUAUGUGAAGGUAAUCCCUGUACUAUACGGAAUUUUCUUUAGUGCGUGAAAUGACAUCGUUCCAGUUUCACAGUCGUUUUGUGCAAAUUGUCACUAGAAACAAAUGUGUAUGUUCCUGAAACACUUCCGUGCCAAACUUACUGAAAGACCUCUAAGAUAUGUGAGGGUAGCCUGUGUACUAUGAAGAAUUUUCUCGUGUUGGAUAAUAUGAUAUUAUGCAUCGGCCCAGUUUAAAAAGUUGUGUGGAAAUUUGCCCCUCGGACACCACUUACAUUCGCUGGAUGACUUGAAGGUUAUGUAACAUUAACCUCUGCAGAGCACGUUCUCUAUAUAAUCCUGGAACACCAUUGUAUUACAUUCGGUGGAUAACCUGGAGGUUAUUUGAAAUUAGCUCGAAUGUUCUAGUGACAGGUUUUGCGUCCUUCCUAAGUGAUUAAUCGUAAACAUCCGGCACAGCGUGAAAAACGAAGAGACUCAUGGACGGAAUGAUGUCUUCGACGCGGUUCCUCCGGUGUUCCUAAGAGAUUCCUUCAGGAGGGGGAAGAGGUGGAGGAGGAGGAGGAGGUGGCUUAGAAGGGGAUGUUGAAGUGGCUGGUCACAAGGGGUCCCACCACCUCCCAGCCGCCGCGGAAGGUGGUGACCGAUGACCCUCUAGCUACUCUUCGGGUCAAGACCAAGGACAACACUCAUCAGAUCUACGCAGUCUCAAGGGUUAACCCCCUCUAUCACGAUGAAGAGGUCGAGAUUGCAGCAGGACUGGAAGAGGAGGAGGAGGAAGAGGAAGAGGACGAAGACAACUUCAGGGUAGCCAUAGAGGACACCAACAAGGAGGAGGUGGUUGCGCCCGAGUCUCCGCCUACAGACAGAGGGUCUGUGCGCUCUUCUGGAUAUGGUUCAAAGGAAACAGACUCUGUUUCUGAAGGCUCUAGUGGUCAUGAUGAAGACUAUAUCUUAGGUGCUGAGGUGGAGGCAGCCCUUAAUCCACCUCCUGCUCCUUCACCAUUUGGUGACAGUCAUAAAAAAUCUGAAAAUUCCGUCGCUCACAUCCAAGUAAAUGAUGUCAAAGCUCAGAGUACUAUAAAAGAUCGUCAUGUUGGUUCCUCACAAUCAGUUGCUCAGCUUCGUAAAUCCUUUGAAAACUUUGCUAAUCCAGAAAAAAACUUGCCAACCAUCUUAUCUGCUGGUGGGAAACCAGUUGCCUCUAUCAUAGCUCAACAUCCCCAGUUUGUCAAAGCAAUUGAAAUUGGGAUGCGUCGAACAAAGUCACUGGAAACAGUACAGCAACAGCAGCCAGCGCUACAUAAAUCUGGAUCUUCAACAGUACCUCGUCCUAUUUGGCCAAAAGUCAGUAAUCUUGUUCAGAACCCUAAGUGCCAAGGUAAUAAAAAUAACAUGUUGAACAAAUUGCGAGAAUCUAUGUCUGUUGAGGAUAAUUUGCAUUUACAAGAACGAAUCCCAAGUCCAGUUGACAUAGUGAAACAGGAUGUAAGGUAUGUAACGUCAAUACAUGUAACUCCAAAGCGCCCUCUUUCUCGUGCCAAGACGUUCGCUCCAGGACAACCAAAAAUAGAACACAGGAGUGCCAAUAAUCCUUUUAGUGAAAAUUCUUGGGACACUACUAUCUCUAGAGGCAUAAGACAAAAUAAAGAUAAUAAAAUGGAAUCAAACGUGUCUCGUUAUUUUGGUGGCACUCAUCAGAACCCAGAUUAUAAUCUACUUUCCCUGCAACCAGAUUCAUUGGUAACAGAAGACACACUAAGGAUGAUGAGGUAUGGAGUAGAAGAGGACCCUUUGGAAGAGGAAAAUGAACUGCCUAUUCAUGUUGUUGAGCAAGAAGUUCCUGCUCCACUUCCAGAUUUUAGUCAGGUUAUAUAUACUAGAGGCCUUUAUGCAACGUUGACUAGGGCUGCCUCUCUUAGCACCAAAGAUAUCGUUAAACCACCUUAUAAAACUAGAAGUCUGAGUUUGGAUAUUUCUGUUCCUUAUCACAAAAGUAGUGCCAAAAAGAAAGGACUAUCAGCUAUGAAGGGUCUAUGGGAAAGAAGUGGGCUAAAGACAAAUGGUAGAAAACUAAUUGUUGAUGUUAAUGAUUUGCUUGACAGUAGUUUAGAUGAAAACGAUGGCAAUCAUAGUAGUGUCGAGAACCUUCGUAGCUUCCAGUCAACUGUCAUGAACAAUGCCAUGAAGUCUCCCCGCCAAGGAAAUAGCAUGAAUUCCACAGAUACUCACAACUCACUUAUCUACGAAGAACCAAUUGAUUACAACAACAGAAAUACUAGUCAACGAUUCUCAGGAACUAUGGAAUCAAGGUUUUCUGAUACCUAUGCUGAAAUCAACGACAACAUUGGUGCAGGUAUUGAUAACCCAGCAUUUCUUGAUGACAGUGGACAAAGACCAUACUUUUCUCCUGUUGUCUCGUCACCUUACCAUAAGAAACCUAGGUUUUUGGAUCCUGAGAAACUUGCUGAAUUUCAGAAAAAAAUUAGUGAGAAACUCCAGGGAGCCCCUCAUCACAGAACUCAGUGGCUGGACUUGGAUGAGAUCGUUAUUGAAGGUGCUGUAGAUAAGCAAGAACGUCGUGUUAAAUUUACAUCAGACACCAUUAAUCCGGGAAGUCUUGAAAGGAAUGGCAGGGGAACCAUAGUACCUGGUGGAGCUGUCAGAACUGUACAUGAAGCAGACAUACAUGGUUUGAGUGGAAGACAGCUUCCAGAACUGACACUAGAACCAUCCCAUCUCCUUGAUAAUAUAAAAGGUCACAAAAAUAUGUGGACAUCCUCUGAAAGCUAUAGAGACAGAUUUCAGGAAGCCCCAGCAGGAACCAUAGGUCGUGGAAAACGACAGCAACUGUGGGAGUCUUAUUACGGUUCAACCAGUUCUUUUGAUCGGACGCUUCCAAGACGCCUCGCUCCUCACCCCAACAGCCAGGCGCCUAUUUGUGGAAAAAUGAGCGACUGCCACGAUUUCACACUAGAUCUCCGAAGAUCGCACAAGCUGAAUAUUCGUUCAGCUGCGCGGCAGAAGCGUCGUCGAUGCUACGUGAUCAUCCUCGUGUUCGUUGCUUUCGCUGUGUUUGUCGGGAUGGUGGUGGUCAUCUCGUGGUACAGCACCAGAGGAGAGAAAUUUUUUGGACCUCUCUGAGAAGUUACUGCGGUUCAUCACAUUCUACUGGACCCACCUGGUGGGCUAUCUUUGGUCUAAGUGGAAAGAUGGUUUCAAUUAAGUCUGUUAACCGUUUUCGUAAUGACUUUGACUGCCAAGUGUGUGCACUGAAAGUGUCAAGGAAAAAUAUUCUUUCAAUUAUACAUCGUUCAGAGACUAAGUUUUAGGUCCUUAUCCGAGGGAAAUCUAAAACUUCCUGGAACCAGAACCCAGUUGACUGAUUUUAACGACUGAUUGAAAGAAUUACACUUCUGAAAGCGUCAUACAAUUGACGAUGUACAUUAUUACAUUUAUACAUUAGGAAGACUGCCCGACUGCGAAAUGAAGUGAUCUAGGAGAGAAGCUGUGUGAGGUUGUUUGAUAGUGCAACAUCGGUGAAAUGCUACUGUGAGUAAAGUAGGUAUACAUUAUUCGAGGAGAUAAAUGCAAGGGAGUGUGACGAAAUGUAAAUAUACAAGCUCUUGAUGGUAUGAACUAAGGUAAAAUGUCCAAACAUGUCUACCCUCCCCGCAUACAUUUUUGUACAUUACUCUAGCAGCUUUUAGUCCCGUAGGCUGAAAUAACUACCAGACAGCUCGGUUCCCAACAACCUUGUGACUAUUUUGUACCAUUUAAGAUUAGAGGUGGCAAGGAUGCAGUAUUUUACAGUCCAGAGUGACUUGUUGAUAGUACAUUAGUGUCUUUUCCCUCACUCUGUGCAGUGCUAACUGGGAAUCGUGUACAGUGUCAGGCGUUUCUUCCAGUGUCAAACUAUUUUUUCUGUAAAUAAUACUUUGGUAAAUUAUACCUAAUAGUUUAAGGAUAUUUUGAGGAUGUUUGUUAAAAUGCGGAAUUAUCUGUUCUUUAUUCCUACAAAGCGUUCAAGAAAAACGAACGGUGAGGACAUUGUGGUUACCACCGGAAAUUGCAGUGGGUUACGUGGGUUUUUGGACGUUACAGUUUUCUAUUGCUGCAGCAAGUUUAUUUAGUUGCAGAUGUGUCGUUUAUUUGAUCAUUUCUUAACAUUUUUAUUAAAUUUAAAUUUUUUGGGCCAUUUACUCUUCGGUGCCAAAGAUUCAGUUCUGCUAUAUCUGGUGACCAUUGGCAGCUUUUUAAAUAUUUUAUACCAGUCAUUUUUUAAUCCCAUUCAAUUUCCGUAUUAUAUUAAUAUUUCAAUAUCCUUAAUCCCGAAACAGUCUGUUGAUGCAAUAGCUUGCUCAUAGGCAUACUGACAUUUCCCUUAACUUCUUGUCAAAAGCGCAUUUGCAUCUUCCGUAACUUUUCCGUCGCCCUACCACCUACUCUUAUUUUGACCCCCUGUUCAAAUCAUCGCAGCUUCUCUGGAUUAGCUUAUUUUCUGAAGGGUGGUGCGUGCAUGAAACGCUGACGAAAGUGAUGAAGAGGAACUCUUCAGUGGAGCAAAUUGAGCAAGUUUGUGAAUACUUCAGAUGAGGUUAAUUUACGCUCAGAUGAUCGAGUAGGCAGUUUUGGUCAUAGUUACUGUACAGAUAAUUUGGCCCGAAGAAUCAUUUCUGAAUUUGGAAUAUCCCUCAAAUGAUGUUUUUGAAUCUGUUUUCAAACAUCAAGACUGUUAAAUGUUGAUAUUUUUUUCAUUUUACAAUUAAGUAAUUGUAUUGUAUAAGAUAUUAUGUAAAUGAGGUGUAGUAGAGGCGCUAUCUUUGUCACAGAACUAUUUUAAAGUAAAUUUCCCACAAGUUUUGGAAUCUGAAUGCUUUCCAUCUAAUUGUUAUAAUUGCUAAUGUACUAACUAUCGGCCAUGAUAAUAAUUGUCAUUAUUAUUCAAAUUAUGCUCACAUCUAUAUAAGGUAAUUAAAAAGGCUUACUGAGUAAGUUUUGCCAGAAUAAAAUGCCUUUAGGUGAAACAGAAAUGCAGAGACGAGAGGAUAUAAGCUACCAGAACACUGAUGACAAUAAGUAAUGAGGAACUCAAGCAGACGAACUGUUCAUGGUCCGAUAUGAAGUACAUUCGCCACUGUAUAUAUCAACAGAAUCUUUGGUCGAUUCAAAAUCUUCACAUAUAUAAAAAAAAAUCAUCAGGCUUACUAUCUUGAGGCUCCAAAUAUCGGAAUGGUUUCGUUCAGGGGUCCACAACAAGCCACACGAUUCCCUUUAAAUACGCUACCACACUUGAGGUCCCUUAGUUAAAAGCUCUUGCAGGCAUAAGGUCCGGUUAAUCUCCACCGCCAAGCAGGCGGAAUGUUUCAUAGUCAUUAAAGAAUAGAAUUUCAUCGUGGAAAAAUAUAAUUUCGAAGAAUAUAUUGAUGAGAAUAAGCUUCAGUUUUUCACUUGAAUCCUUUAAUCUGGCAUCAGUAGAUUUGUGAAUGUUAUCCAUCUUUCCGUAGAGGAGACAGGAGAAAAAGGGUCGAAUGAAUUCUACAUUUCAAUAAGUGUAGAUUAAACAGUGUAUGAUGCUCUGAAAAAUGUUACUGCAACCAGAGAUGGCAGAGUUUUGCUGUCAGUUUAGUGUUACACCGAAUGGGAGGCUGGAAAAUGUUCGGCUGAAUGUCGUCUGAAGUAUGUGGCUGGAUUCUUGCUAAUCUAUUAAUGUAUCUGCGUUUAAAACACUUUUAUGUGCUGUACUUUUAUACUUUUACAGUGCUGAUAUUUAGUCAUUCUUUUUACGAAUGUUGUUAUAUCUCUAAUAUUUUUAUCGACCUACUUUUGUCAUGUAUUUCUUGAAUGUCACAACGUUUGAAGUAGUUUGUUGCAUAUAUAUCUCCAAAAUGUCUCAUUGCGCAUAUCGUUUAGAAUUAAGAGAGGUAUUCAGUUUUCUUCCAGAUUUUUUUGUACUCAAAGCUAUUAAAAUUGUCUGUGUUUAUGUAAUCCAAUUUAGAAUACUCAUGACGAUGACACGGGGAUAGCCAUAAGAUGAUUAUGACAUAUCUUGCCGCUUUGCACAGGCUAUCACUUACAAAGUGCUGUUGGACGCACAGAAACAGGUCUUACUGUGAUUUUGCUAUUUGCCUCUCCAUUGUCUUUUCCCUAUCUUAAUUUAAACAUGUCUAUUUGGAAGGAAGAAUCCCAGCGACAAAGAACAAGAGGGACAUUUUAGGAACCGUAAUUUUUGUUAGCCUGAAAAGUUCCACAAAUCGUCAGCUGUUUUGCGCAGAAUGUGUAAGUUUUUUCUUUUGCGCAAUGGAUGUAUAACGGUUAGUGAUAUUGUGUACAUAAAACAGUUUUGUGCUGUCAGCUAUAAUAAAUUCAUAUAAUUCUG